AUGGUUGACAGCUUUACUUCAAUACCUAUACUUGACUACUUGUGCUCCCAGUCUCCUGCUACUAAGCCAAAGUUUCUAUCUGACCUUAGAUCUGCUCUUGUCAAAGUCGGCUUCUUCCAGAUCAUAAACUCGCCCUUACCCAUUCAGUUACAGCAGGAUGCUUUGCAUCUAUCAGCACAAUUCUUCAACCUGCCUACAGAUGAAAAAGUCGAGAUCGAAAACAUCAACAGCAAACAUUUCCUCGGAUAUAGCAAGAUUAACAGUGAAAGUACAGCUGCGCAAACAGAUCAUAAUGAGUCCAUUCUGAUGGGCCCUGACCUUCCUGCCCUAGGGCCAAAUGAGCCCAUUUACCUCAAUUUGCAAGGCCCAAACCAGUGGCCCAAAGAAAUCUCAGUGCCAGGCUUUCGUCAAGUUUUCAAAACCUAUUACUCGCAGAUCCAACACUUUUCUGUCGAAUUCACAGCGUUGGUAGCUGAAGCACUUGAGAUGCCUAAGGCCACUUUAACGACCCUUCUGGGACAUUCAACAUCUGACGUUAGCCGAUUGAAAGCUACUAGAUAUCUACCGCCGUUCGUUAAUGCUUCGGCACAGGAUGGGAGUCAUGGUAUCGGCCCGCAUAAAGAUGGCUCUUUCAUGACAUAUCUUCUCCAGGGCGGCAAACAUAAUUGUCUCGAGGUUCAGAAUAAAUCAGGAGACUGGAUACCUGUGCCUCCAGUGCCUGGAGCAUUAGUCGUCAAUAUUGGUCGCUUGUUGGAAAUCAUCACUCAGGGAGUCUGUGUUGCAACAACUCAUCGUGUUGUUCUGAGGACAGAAGCCUUUUUGGACGAUGAGGGAAAGCCCCUAGGUCCUAGAGUCUCCAUACCCUUCUUCCAAUUCGUGAACCCUCUUCUUAUGCUGGAGGAGCUCACCCUGGAUGUACCAGCACAUAUCAAAGCCCUAGCACCUGACAAGAUUGUGGUUUCGGAUGCAGAGACAUUUUAUUCGGGACUAUUUGACAACUGUAUUGGAGAUAAUGUUUUUGUGAAUCACAUCACCACUUUCCCAAAAGUUGGGGAAAGAUGGUAUUCCGACUUGUUACGACAAGCGCGUGAGAAACAGGCAGAAUCAAAGCGGCUGGAUCAACAGAGACGGGCGGCCGACAGACGCAGCUAUUGA